AGAAGAAGAGAGCAACAGAGCAAUGGAAGCAGGCAAAAAGCAGAAGGGGGCGAAGAGGCGUCACAGACCUGCUUCAAAUGAGAAACCCAAAGAUGAAAGAGUCGGUGGAAACGAAGAAGAGCGAAACCCAAAAGCUUCAAAGCGCAGAAAGUCUCAGGGGAUGGUCUCUAAUUCCUCCAGUUUCCUCGAUAAGAUGAAAGCUAAGCUGUCAGGAGGGCAUUUCAGAAUGCUUAAUGAGAAGCUCUACACUUGCACUGGGGAAGAGGCACUUGAGUAUUUCAAUGACGACCCGACAUUGUUUGAUACAUACCAUGCAGGAUAUCAAGAGCAAAUGUCUCAUUGGCCUGAGCUGCCUGUGAAUAUAAUCAUAAAGUGGCUCAAAGAUCGCAGCUCGUCUCUAGUCGUGGCUGAUUUUGGAUGUGGGGAUGCACGCCUUGCAAAGAGUGUGAAGAACAAAGUUCACUCCUUUGAUCUCAUCUCAAAUGAGCCUUCAGUAAUUGCUUGUAAUAUGGCAAAUACACCUCUUGGCUCUUCAUCUGUAGAUGUUGCUGUAUUCUGCCUGUCAUUGAUGGGGACUAAUUUCCCAAGUUACCUUAACGAAGCACACAGAAUUCUUAAGCCACGUGGCUGGCUUUUGAUAGCAGAAGUGAAGAGCAGAUUUGAUUCCAAUACUGGAGGAGCAGACCCAAAGAAGUUCACAAAAGCAGUGUGUGAUUUAGGAUUUACCUCUGUGGCAAAGGAUUUCUCAAAUAAGAUGUUUAUAUUGUUUUACUUCAAGAAAAAGGAGGAGCAAAAUUCGAAGAAAAAGGAUAUUGAUUGGCCUGAGUUGAAACCUUGUCUGUAUAAGCGUCGCUGAGAUGGAAGGCUUCGCUGAACCUUAUCACUUUCGCGAAGACAGCAAGUGACAAAUGGUCUCAUACAAGACACAGUCACACAACUACCCAAAAUAUUGAGAACCUUUCAUGGAACAGAUGGAUAUCUGCGAGCUUCUAUCUACAUAGAGAGGCUAAUCUCAAUGAUAGGGAAUGGACGGAAUGGGGGAAUAGGUCGUCAGUUUACCCCCUAUAUCUGCCUCCCUUUGUACUCUUUAUAAACCGAUAUGUUUCAUGUAAUGCAUAAAUUUUGGUCAAGAAUAUGUUAAUGCAUUUUGUGACUUGUGAGUCAUAGACUUUAACUUAAGAUGGCUUCAGUAUUUUGGAGAUUGCCUGAUCCUUUGAACUCAAAU